GGACAGAGACGGUGGGUAAUCCGCGACAUACUAUGAACGGCUUGUGCAAGUGUCUGUCUAUGGUGAUUCUGUACGGCAGAUCGAUCUGAGUAUGUGUGAACUGGUGGCCCUAACGCCAUAUAUGUGUCUGGCCAUCAUCCUUCAGCAACCCUCGAAUCGAUCGACAGCAUCGCCUUCAACCGGCUCCUUCUAUCUUCAAAACAAGUACAUGCAUCUCCAGGAUCCCGAUUUUCGACGCUUUGCGUAUGAUGCACUCAAACUGGUCACCCAAAACGGAAAGUUGCUCUUUGAUGCAUCUUCUCCAUGCAAUCCGUACUUUGACGCCAAUGGGACCUAUAUAACGGCCAACUCCUGCAAGCACGGGUACUGCAUCGUCGAUGGUCCGUUUCAAGACUCCUCAGUGACUCGGUGCAUCUGCGAUGCUUGAUUCAUGAACAACAUGCAACUGGAUUGCUCUGAGCCAUCCGCGCCAUUCAUGAUCCUCUUUUACGGCGUCGAGUCCUACAACACUGCCAUUAUGGCGUUCCUGAGCAUCACUGGGCUCAUCAACGCCGCCAUCCUGGCCAUGCUGUUCGUAUUUCGAGAAAAGCCAAACAUCAAAGCUAUUUCGCCGAAUUGCUGCUACAUAAUCGUUGUCGGGGCCCUUUUUGGUCAAAUCGGCGCACUAUUCUAUUCCGCCGAGCCCAGCACCUUGGUUUGCUCCAGCCGGAUGUUCUUCCCGGUCAUUGCCUUCUCCUCAAUCUUCAGCAUGCUCUUGAUGAAGUCUGUGCGGAUCUACAUGAUCUUUGAAAACCGACGCAUGCGUGUCUUCAAGACGCCGGACUGGAAACUCAUCCUCGCGACGCUUGUCGUGUUGGUUGCCGAGAUUGUGGUGUGUGCAGCAUGGGUUGCCGUGGAAGGCCCCACGGCCGAGGUCGAGGGCAGUUUCUACGGGCUGGUAUGCACGGCGACGUUUUCGCCCACGGUGGUGCCCGAGAUUGUCCUCUACGCCAUCAACGGAGCCAUCAUGCUCGGGUGUGUGGCCUUUGCCUAUCUCACCCGCGGUGCUCACGAGCGCUUCCAAGAGUCCAAGGUCAUUGGCAUAUGCAGCUACAUGGUCUCCCUGACGUUGGUGCUGUGCCUUCCGAUCGUCUACAUUCUCUCCGGAAGCUUGGACUCGCAAGCACUCUUCACCGUGGGCCGCGUGAUCCUGGCUUGCUUGAUCAUCACGAUCUCGUCGUUUGUCCCUGCAGCGCUGUUUGCAGGCAGGAUCAUCGGCGCCCUCCGCUCUGACCCUGGCGAAGAUGAAAAGUCGGGAGCCCCCAAACCCAUGCACACAUCAGAUAAUUCCAGCAUCCAAAGUCAGGGCAUGUUGUCUGCAGACAUUGUCACCUACGUAUAUGACUGCGGCGUCCAAGGUCUCAAGUUUGGAGGUGCCUGGGUGUCAUCGACUGUCCUGGUGUUUGUCACCCUGGACAUCAUCGAAUUUCGUGAUCCCAGUCUCGACGGCCCCAUCCAGGCAAGCUUCCGCUUCUCGGCAUGUGGAUGCGAGCUCUGUGACCCCGAAUCAGAUCCCGAAGGUGGCAAAGCACUUGCCCGAAGCGUCAAGCUCCGAAACAGCAAGUCUCAGCUCACGCUCGAGUUCGGAUCAAAGGAGACAGCACUGACGUUUUUGAACAACUUCAAGGAAGCCAAAGCCAAGCCUCGUAAUUCCAAAGUCAAGGAAUCGGGGCCCUCGGAGUCUGGGGACGUCAGCGCAUCUGGAACAAACGAUCGAAUCAUUGCUUCUAGAUUUGACGAAAGCAUCGACAGCCAGAGGAGCUGA